AUGCAGAUUGGAGAUCAGGAUUCGGUCAAGAAAUUGUGGGAUGCGAUUAGAAUACGUAAUGUGGGUGCAGAUAGAGUCAAAGAAGCAAGAUUACAAACCUUGAUGUCGGAAUUCGAUCAUCUUAGGAUGACGGAGUCGGAAACAAUCGACACCUUCGCGGGAAAACUUUUUGGGAUCGCAUCUACAUCGUUGGCAUUAGGAGAAACAAUUGAGGAAUCAAAAUUGGUGAAGAAAUUCCUCAAAUCAUUACUCAGAAACUUCAUACACAUCGUCGCAUCUCUUGAACAGGAAAAUCGAGGGCUCUAUUCAAAAUCGACCGGAGAUGGAGGUGGGUCGUCGUCAGGUGGUGCUGGUACGUCGAGGUUUCACGAUGGAGCGAAAGGAAAGUGGAAAGGGGCUCGUGGAUUGGGUGGAUAUAGUCAAAACAAUGGAUCCGGAUUUGGGUCAGCUGGAUCGAGUGGUUCAAAUGGGCCCAAAUCAAAUUGUACCCCACAAGGAAAUAAAACCUAUAAUUCCAAACAAGCCCAAGAAAAGGUGAUACCAUCUCAAUAUGACUCACAAGACAACGAUGUAUGGUAUUUGGAUAACGCGGUGAGCAAUCACAUGACAGGAAACCGGUCAUUUUUCUCUCAACUUGAUGAAGGCAUGAAUGGGAGGGUUAAAUUCGAAGAUAAUCCAUGUGUAAAAAUCAAGGGAAAAGGUGCUAUACUUUUCCAAGGCAAGAGGGGCCAACAAAGGCCUAUGAAGGAGAUUUACUACAUAUCGGAUCUCAAGAACGAUAUUAUUAGUCUCGGACAAGCAACCGAAGUUGGGUAUGAUAUUCGAAUGAAAGACAACUACUUGACCAUACACGAUGCCGAUAAUUGA